AUGGCCCCCACCGUGGCCAAUGGCGAGGUCGAUUUUAACCCAGAGGCUCUACAGCAGAAAUACAACGCCGAGCGAGACAAGCGUCUGCACAAUGGAGGUCCGACUCAGUUCCGACACAGUCGUCCCAAGGACCUGAACGACAUGUUGAAAGAUCCGUACGUGUCGCCAGGUUUCAAGCGUGACCCAGUUAAGGCCGUCUAUGAUGUCCUCAUCGUCGGUGCCGGCUACACGGGCAUUCAGGUCGCGGCUCGGCUAAUGACCAAGGGAUAUACGAAUAUUUGUGUCGUCGAGAAGGGCGGUGAUGUGGGGGGCACAUGGUAUUGGAACCGAUACCCAGGCAUUCAGUGUGACAUCGACGCCUACAUUUACAUGCCGCUCCUGGAGGAAAUGGGCACCAUCCCGACCCGCAAGUACGUCUCGGGCAAAGAACUGUACGAGCACGCACGGAACAUUGCCAGGAAGUACGGCAUCAACGAACGGUCCUUAUUCCAGACCGAGGUGACGAAAAUGACGUGGCUCGAUGAUGAGCGUCUGUGGAAGAUCGAGACGGACCGUGGCGACGACAUCCGGGCCAGAUGGGUGUUACCCGCCCAUGGCCCUCUACACACUCCCAAAUUCCCAGGCAUUCCGGGUAUCGACACUUUCCAGGGUAAGAGCUUCCAUAGCUGUCGUUGGGACUAUAGCUAUACUGGCGGUAGCCCCGAAGAUCCUCGGCUCGUCGGGCUGGGGGAUAAACGCGUAGGGAUCAUCGGCACCGGGGCGACGGGGGUUCAGAUUGUGCCUCGCGUGGCCGAGUGGGCUAAACACUUGUACGUCUUCCAACGGACGCCGUCGUCUGUGGACGCACGGAACAACAAGGACACGGACUCCAAGUGGGCGUCGGAUCUACAACCGGGGUGGCAGCGAGAGCGGAUGGAGAACUUCACCACCAUCAUCAACGGGGGCGCCACGGAGAUUGAUCUGGUCGACGACGGGUGGACGGACGCGGUGCGAUCGACCCCGGGGUUCUUCGGCACGGGCAGCGACGACGUGGACAAUAACGCCGUCGCCGAGAGACUCAAGCUCGCCGACUUCAAGAAGAUGGAGUAUAUCCGGCGCCGGGUCGAGCAGAUCGUGCACGACGCCACCACGGCCGAGAAGCUGAAACCUUACUACCAGCAGUUCUGCAAGCGACCGUGCUUCCACGACGACUACCUACAGGCCUUCAACCGGGAGAACGUGACGCUGGUGGACACGGACGGUCGGGGCGUGGAAGCCGUCACCCCGAAAGGGAUGGUGGUCAACGGCGGCCAGGAGAUCGAACUGGACUGCAUCAUCUACGCGACCGGGUUCGACUUUGGCGGCGACUUUAGCGAGGACAACGGCAAAGUGUUUGGUCGCCACGGCCUCAGUCUGUCGGAGAAAUGGUCCGACAAGAACGGUGGGCCCUCGACCUUCCAGGGCUGGGCCAUCCACGGGUUCCCCAACAUGUUCAUUCUGGGCCCGACACAGUCGGCCCCGAACCCGAACUGGACGCACAGCAUGAUGGAGAUGGGCACGCAUUUUAUCUACGUCCUGGACGAGUGUCAGCGACGGGGCAUCGAGGUUCUCGAGGUCAGCCCCGAGGCCGAGCGGAGCUGGGUCGAUCACGUCUUGCUCAAGAGCCAGGCCCGCAAGGACUUCCUCAUGCAGUGCACCCCUGGUUACUACAACAACGAGGGUGUCGUCGACGAGAAGACGCUGCGUGCGCAGCCCUACGGUGGUGGCGGGCUCGAGUUCAACGCCAUCCUGGCCGAGUGGAGGCGGCGGAAUGAGCUCGAGGGGUUCCUGAUCCAGCCCGCGGGAAAAAUCGCCUUGGAAGCCACGAAGCCUUUGUCCAACGGGCUGAAUGGGUCGUCCAAUGGAGAAGACAAGACGAGCACCGAGGUCGCGCAGAGUCGGCCUUUGGAGCUGCUAUAG